AUGGCUCCGCUUUGCAGCCCACGUCGUCAAUCUCGGUCGUGUCGGGCCGGGUCGAUGAUGGGUGGCGGGAUGGAAUUGACACUGGUGGUCGCGUUACUGCUCGGGGUAGCGGGAAAGGCGCCCCCGGUGCCGGUGGAUGAUGUGGUGGUGGAGAAGCGGUUCGAGCCACGGGAGUGCUUACGGGCGGUGCAGCCAGGGGAUUUCGUCCGCUACCAUUACCUGGGAACCCUGGCCGGGGGAAAGGGUUUCGACUCCAGCUAUGACCGAGGUUCCACUCACAAUGUGUUUGUGGGCAAAGGCCGACUGAUUGCCGGGAUGGACAAAGCUCUGAUAGGGAUGUGUGUAAAUGAAAGGCGCUUCAUCAAAGUGCCACCUGACCUGGCCUAUGGCAGUGAAGGACUACCUGAUAUGAUCCCACCAGAUGCCACCUUGUUCUUUGAUGUGUUGAUGCUUGAUAUCUGGAAUCCUGAAGAUAAAGUGAAGAUUGAUGUUCAUUAUAAACCUGAGAACUGUAACCGCAUUGUGCAGGUGUCUGACUUUAUGCGUUACCACUACAAUGGAACCCUCCUCGAUGGUACCCUCUUUGACUCCAGCCACACUCGCCAGCGGACCUUUGAUACUUAUAUUGGAAUUGGCUGGCUGAUACCAGGCAUGGAUGAAGGGUUGUUGGGCAUGUGCACUGGGGAAAGAAGGACGAUCACCGUUCCCCCUUUCCUGGGCUAUGGAGAUCGAGGAGAUGGAAAAGAUAUUCCUGCACAAGCUACUCUGGUCUUUCAUGUGACUCUGAUUGACUUCCAUAAUCCUAAAGAUAGUGUAGCCAUUGAGCAAGAAUUUGUGCCGGAUCCCUGUCCCAGGAAGACUAAAGCAGGUGAUUUUGUGAGAUACCAUUACAACGGCACAUUUAUGGAUGGCACUUUGUUUGAUUCCAGCUAUUCUCGUAAUCAUACUUAUGACACCUACAUUGGGAUGGGCCAGGUGAUUGCUGGGAUGGAAGAAGGAUUGUUGGGUGUGUGUGUUGGAGAGUGGAGGACCAUUAUAAUCCCCCCACAUCUGGGAUACGGUGAAGAAGGUGUAAGCGAUAGCAUCCCUGGCUCUGCUGUCCUUGUUUUUCACAUCCAUUUGAUUGACGUCCACAAUCCAUCUGAUAAAAUUGAGAUCAAAACUUCCCACAAGCCAAGCAACUGCACUGCCCGAACCAAGAAAGGGGACUACAUCAAGUAUCACUUCAACGCAACUCUAAUGGAUGGGACGCAAUUAGAAUCUACUCACAACUAUGGAAAAACAUACAACGUUGUUCUGGGAUCUGGUCAAGUGGUCAUUGGGAUGGACAUGGGUCUCACUGACAUGUGUGUUGAAGAGAGACGGACUAUCAUAAUCCCACCUCACCUGGGCUAUGGAGAGAAAGGGCUUGCGGGAGAGGUUCCUGGCAGUGCAGUACUUGUCUUUGAAGUGGAACUGAUAGAAUUGGUCACUGGUCUCCCAGAGGGGUACAUGUUUGUUUGGAAUGAAGAGGUGUCACCAGACAUCUUCCAGGAAAUAGACAAAGAUGGAAACAACGAAAUCACUUCAGAGGAGUUUUCAAAGUAUAUCCAGGCCCAAGUGGACAGUGGUCAUGGGAAACUAGCCCCUGGCUUUUCUCCAGAUAAGAUAAUUGAGAACAUGUUCUCCAACCAGGACCGGAACGGGGAUGGCAAAAUAACAGUUGACGAAUUCAAGCUGAAGGAUCAGGAGAGUUCCAAACAUGAUGAGCUGUAGAGCCAAGGUUGCAUAACAGUGCUGCUGUUGAGUGGAGAGUAAUGGGUUAACUGUUGGGUUCCUGUCCAUAUUUCUCAUCUACAGCAUUAUGGAUAACAGUUAUCUUUAAUCAUCAAUUCCCAAUUGCUCAUGCGUAACUGGAGUCAAUACAGUGUUCAUUCAGCCCCUGAGAACACGGAACAUGUGCAUCUUUUUUUUUAGCAUUUUCUUUCCACAUUUUAUUUUUGUCAGUGUUUGAAGAAAUUCAUCUUCCCCCAACCCCUCAUUUCAUACACUCCAAAUUAGUCCUUUUUAAGAUCUAAAUUUACGUCAAGAAUAUCAACAUCUGUCAGCCUUUGCUCAAGAACACCAAACAAUGUUUUCACAUGCAAGUGGAAUUCCUUCUAACUUGUAUGUUCUGUAUUGCUUGAGAAUUACUCAUAUUUAGCUAAGUUGUAUCCAGGUGACUCAGUUAGACUAGAAUACUACAACUGCAAACAGGAGAUGCAAAAGCAUUACCCAGUGCGGUAAUUGUGCUUCAACCUUUUUUUUCCAAAAAGGGAGACGUAACUUCAGAGCUUAAAAUGAAUAGAGUUCCUGAGCACGUUCUAUUUGUGUGAUUUUGCGCCAGGUUAUGGGGAUACAUUCACCAUCAUAACAUUUAAUGGAUUAGAAUCAUAGAUUCACACUUGCUACAGGAGAACCUCACCUCCUCCCACACCCAGGGUUUUAUCUGCAAAUGUCAAAUCAGGAUCUGAGAGAUAGAAAUAAAAUGAGAAAAUUUUGGAAAAACUGAGCAGGUCAGGUAGUAUCUUUGAAAGUCAGCUUGAUUAUUUGAAGUCUGAAACUUUAUAAUAUAGUUUCUCUCUCCAAAGAUGCUGACCAAUGUGCCUUAUAUUUCCAGCAUUUUCUGGUUCAAAUUUUUAUCACAUGCAGUUUUUUGCUUCUGCAGAGACUCCAGUUAGGUUGAAGUUGUGUCUGUUUCUAACAAAUUCCAAAUUGCAUAACCAUUUUACUUUCUGCCCUGCUCAGCUUUAGAGGUAAAGGUGAUACAUAUCACCGUACAAGGUACAAAGACCCAAAGCCUUCCUGAGUUAAUACCAUUCCCAUUCCAAUAUGUCCAUCCAAGGCCGCCUCUUCUGUCGUGAUAAGGCCACACUUAGAUUGGAGGAACAACACCAUAUAUUCUGUUUGGGUAGUCUCCAACCUGAUGGCAUGAACAUCGAUUUCUCAAACUUCCAGCAAUGCCUCUACCACCUCUCCCCCUCCUCCACCAUUUCCCAUCCCCUUGUCCCUCUCUCAUAUUAUCUCCUUGCCCACCCAUCGCCUCCCUCUGGUGCUCCUUCCCCCCCCCCCUUUCUUCAAUGGCCUUCUGUCUCUUUCACCAAUCAACUUCCCAGCUCUUUGCUUCAUCCCUCCCCCUCCAAGUUUCACCUAUCACCUGGCGUUUCUCUUUCCCCUCUCCCCACCUUUCAAAUCUACUCGUCAGCUUUUUUUCUCCAGUCCUGUUGAAGGGUUUCAACCCAAAAUGUCGUCUGUACUUUUUUCCAUUGUUGCUGCCUGACCUGCUGAGCUCCUCCAGCAUUUUGUGUGUUGCUCAGAUUUCCAGCGUCUGCAGACUUUCUCUUGUUUGUGAUUUAAUACCCUGGUCUCUUUUUGUACCAUUGUGGAUAAUUGGUAUGCAGGGCUUGAACUUGUUUGUGAGCUUGCAUGUGGUGAUGAUUGACAAAUGCUGUCUACGGUCAGCAGAGGUUCUAUGGUUUCUUACAACCAUCUUUUAAUCCUGGCAAUAUUUUUACUUCUCUGGGACUGGUGUGAAAUGAAAAUGGGGAAAUUAAAGGAAUAUUGACCCUGUUACAUUAAUAGAUUUAUGCACGGAGGUCACUUGGCCCAUUGUGAUGAUGCUGGUCAAAGGUUUACCCUAGUACAAUCUCACUUUGAGCUCUUAGUCUGGAACCCUGAUUAUUAGGAUACUCUAAUUAGGACAAGUGCUGUCCAAUACUUUUUAAAUGGAAGAAGAGUUUCUCCCUUGCCUAUCAUUCUGAGUAGUGAGUUCUCCUCACUAAAUCCUCAAAACAGCACAUUGAUAAAAACCUGUUUCCCAUUGUUUUAACCAGCUAUCAUAAAUCAAGCUCUGCUCUAGCUUAAAAUUUCUCCUUGGUCUUCUCCAAUCCAAAGCAAACACUCUCUCUCCAUAGCCAGAAUUUACAGCUCAGCCAGUUUCAUCUGCAGCUGUCAGUGCUAUCACUAUCCUGUGACCAAACUAUACACUAUACCAUUUAGCACGCACUUUCUUCAAACAGUUCGCAUGUAAAAUCAGCAGAUUUCGACUGGAUGGAAUUCUGGCCAUUUGUUCAAUCCUUUAUGCUUACUUUAGUAAUAUAUGGCCCUUUGUAUCAUCACAAAGCUAGAAAUGUAGUAUUCUAUUCCAUCAACUGAGUUUUGUUAAUAAAUGUUAGUAGUUAGAGUUGUGUCACAGAUACUUGGGGAGACCACAAGUCACAUCUAUGCAGUGAACACCUACCUACUUUGUCUCUUACAACUUAGCCAUUUUCCUGACCAGGUCAGUAAACUCCUCAAGCUUCAAUUUGUGCCAGCUGUUCAACUGUUCAGAUUGAUGACAUUAGACAGUACACUGCUAUUUUAGUUACCUCAAACAUAACCUGCAUGUCCUAACUUUAAAGUUCAAAGUUAACUUAUUAUCAAAGUACAUAUAUCACCAUAUUCAGCCCUGAAAUUCAUUUUCUUGCAGGCAUACUCAAUAAACCAUAAUAGAAUCAAAGAUAGACAAUAGGUGCAGGAGUAGGCUAUUCGGCCUUUCGAGCCAGCACCACCAUUCACUGUGAUCAUGGCUGAUCAUCCACAAUCAGUACCCUGUUUCUGCCUCCUCCCCAUAUCCCUUGACUGCUAUCUUUAAGAGCUCUAUCUCUUUCUUGAAAGAAUCCAGAGAAUUGGCCUCCACUGCCUUCUGAGGCAGAGCAUUUCACAGAUCCACAACCCUCUGUGUGAAAAAGUUUUUCCUCAACUCCGUUCUAAAUGGUCUACCCCUUUUUCUUAAACUGCGGCCUCUGGUUCUGGACUCCCCCAACAUCGGGAACAUGUCUCCUGCCUCUAGCGUGUCCAAUCCCUUAAUAAUCUUAUAUGUUACAAUCAGCUCCCCUGUCAUCCUUCUAAAUUCCAGUGUAUACAAGCCCAGUCGCUCUAAUCUUUCAACAUAUGACAUUCCUGCCAUCCCUGGAAUUAACCCAGUGAAACUACGCUGCACUCCCUCCAUAGCAAGAAUGUCCUUCCUCAAAUUUGGAGACCAAAACUGCACACAAUACUCCAGGUGGGGUCUCACCAGGGCCUUGUACAACUGCAGAAGGACUUCUUUGCUCCUAUACUCUGCUCCUCUUGUUAUGAAGGCCAACAUACCAUUAGCUUUCUUCACUGCCUGCUGUGCCUGUAUGCUUACUUCUAGUGACUGAUGAACAAGGACACCCAGCUCUCGCUGUACUUCCCCUUUUCCUAACUUGACACCAUUCAGAUAGUAAUCUGCCUUCCUGUUCUUGUCACCAAAAUGGAUAACCACAUUUAUCCACAUUAAACUGCAUCUGCCCACUCACCCAACCUGUGCAAGUCACCCUGCAUUUUCAUAACAUCCUCUUCACAUUUCACACUGUCACCCAGCUUUGUGUCAUCUGCAAAUUUGCAAAUGUUACUUUUAAUCCCUUCAUCUAAAUCAUUAAUGUAUAUUGUAAAUAGCUGCGGUCCCAGCACCAAGCCUUGCGGUACUCCACUAGUCACUGCCUGCCAUUCUGAAAAGGACCCGUUAAUCCCUACUCUUUGUUUCCUGUCUGCCAACCAAUUUUCUAUCCAUGUCAGUACCCUACCCCCAAUACCAUGUGCUUUAAUUUUGCCCACUAACCUCCUAUGUGGGACCUUUAUCAAAGGCUUUCUGAAAGUCCAGGUACACUGGCUUUCCCAUGUCCAUUUUUAUAGUUAUAUCCAAAAAAUUCCACAAGAUUAGUCAAGCGUGAUUUCCCUUUAGUAAAUCCAUGCUGACUCGGACCUAUCCUGCUACUGCCAUCCAAAUAUGCUGCUACUUCAUCUUUUAUAAUUGACUCCAGCAUCUUCCCCACCACUGAUGUCAGACUAACUGGUGUAUAAUUGCCUGUUUUCUCUCUCCCUCCUUUCUUAAAAAGUGGGGUAAGAUUAGCUACCCUCCAAUCCGCAGGAACUGAUCCUGAAUCUAUAGAACAUUGGGAAAUGAUUACCAAUGCAUCCACGAUUUCUAGAGCCACCUCCUUAAGUACCCUGGGAUGCAGACCAUCAGGCCCUGGGGAUUUAUCAGCCUUCAGUCCCAUCAGUUCACCCAACACCAUUUUCUGCCUAAUGCGAAUUUCCUUCAGUUCCUCCGUUACCCUAGGUCCUCUGGCCACUAUUACAUCUGGGAGAUUGUUUGUAUCUUCCCUAGUGAAGACAGAUCCAAAGUACCUGUUCAGCUCGUCUGCCAUUUCCUUGUUCCUCAUAAUAAUUUCACCCGUUUCUGUCUUCAAGGGCUCAACUUUGGUCUUAACCGAUUUUUUCCUCUUCACAUACCUAAAGAAGCUUUUACUAUCCUCCUUUAUAUUCUUGGCUAGCUUACCUUUGUACCUCAUCUUUUCCCCCGAUAUAGCCUUUUUAGUUAUCCUCUGUUGGUCCUUAAAAGUUUCCCAAUCCUCUGGCUUCCCGCUUAUCCUUGCUAUGUUAUACUUCCUCUCUUUUAUUUUUAUACUGUUCUUGACUUCACUUAACAUCCAUGGUCACCCCUUACUCCCGUUAGAGUCUUUCUUCCUCUUUGGAAUGAACUGAUCCUGCACCUUCUGUAUUAUUAACAGAAAUACCUGCCAUUGUUGUUCCACUGUCAUCCCUGCUAGGGUAUCUUUCCAGUCAAUAUUAGCCAGCUCCUCCCUCAAGGGUCCAUAGUCCCCUUUGUUCAACUGUAAUACUGACACUUACGAUUUUCCCUUCUCCCUCUCAAAUUGUACAUUAAAACUUAUCAUAUUAUGGUCACUACCUCGUAAUGGCUCCUUUACCUCAAGUUCCCUUAUCAAAUCUGGCUCAUUACACAACACUAAAUCCAGAAUUGCCUUCUCCCUGGUAGGCUCUAAUACAAGCUGCUCUAAGAAUCCAACUCUGAGGCAUUCCACAAACUCCCUUUCUUGGGUCCAGUACCAACCUGAUUAUCCCAGUCUACCUGCAUGUUGAAAUCCCCCAUAACAACCGUAGAAUUACCUUUGUGAGAUGCCAAUUUUAACUACUAGGACUAAACCAAAAGGGUGAUAACCAGUGUGCAAAAGACAACAAAUUGUGCGAGUACAGAAAGAAAGCAAAUAAGAAAUAGUAAUAAUAAUAAAUAAGCAAUAAAUAUCGAGAACAUGAGAUGAAGAGUACCUUGAAAGUGAGUCCAUAGGUUGUAGGAACAGUUUAGUGAUGGGGCAAGUGAAGUUAUCCCCUCUGGUUCAAGAGCCUGAUGCUUGAGGGGUAAUAACUGUUCCUGAACCUGGUGGAGUGAAGUCUGAGGCUCCUGUACCUUCUUCCUGAUGACAGCAGCGAGAAGAGAGCAUGAUUAGGUGGUGGGGGCACCUGAUGAUGGAUGCUGCUUUUCUGUGACAGCACUCUGUGUAAUUGUUCCAUACUACCUCUCUGAUCAACUGAAAAUAUGUCUUGAGUCACACUUUUCUUAAUUACAGCCACCGAGCAAUUUUCUGACUGCUCUAUAAUUACCUUAAGUCUGCCUCUCACUUUUCUGAAAUAGCAGAGUCAUAUGCACAAUUUCCUACUCUAAAUGAACGAUUCCUAAACUGGGAGAACUUUGAAAGAGUAGUGACUUAUGUUAUACAACUAUCUCGUGUUAAGAUUUUCUACUUUUCUGGAUUCCAACCACCAGAGGAAAUAAUCUCAAUAAUGCUAUCAAAUUUUUAACAUUUUCAUCACCUCAGGAAUAUGUGAAACCUGUGUAACUGAUUUUCAAAAUUAAUCCCACCACCAAAACCCUGGGAUGCAGUGAAUACUGCUGAAUACACUCUCUGCAGGGGCCUUAUUUUCACCCCAGUACUCAAAGCUCAGAACUCAAUUUUCCAACUUGAUCCAAAUGGGAGUCAAAGAAAACUUCCUCCAUGUUCAAGUCCAAGAAGCACUUAAGAUUUUUAAAUCUUUUUGAUGAGUCUUUGACUUCAAAGCAUCCCAAAGGCAACCCCUUGAAAAUGUAGUAAUUAUUUAGUUCUAUGUCACCCAAUGAAGGUGGUAUCUAAUUCAGGAUCGUUCAUCAUAAUAUCCGUUUAAUAAUUUAGAGACUUUAAUUCACUGUGACACAUUUCCUUAAAAAUCCAACCCUUGUUAUUUUACUAAUCAGCUUCACUUUUAAAUUUAAAAAUUGAUUCACCAGAAUCGUGGUGAAACUUUGCUUUUUUUGGGGGGUACAAGUUAGAUACUGGGGUUAGGAAGGUUCUUUAUCAAAUUUGUUUUUAUGUAGAAUUUUUGCUCUUGGUAAACACUGAAACAGUUCAUUUGCUUUAAAGGCACAAAUGAUUUUUCUGUAUACAUUCAAACAACAGUGUGUUCAGGUGUGGGAAAAAACUGUGCUUCAUCUGUGGUGUUAUUUUCAUUAAAUAUUUGGGUUUUUGUAAAUUAUAUUAUGGCAUUUCUUAUGUUCAAAGAAUGCUUUAUUCACUGUAUGUAUUCUGAAUUUAUUCAUUGAACAGCACAUCCGUUUAGAGGACAUUAUCCCUUAAACUAUAAUGUCAUACAGAGGCAGUAUGUGUGAUUGGCUAGGGAAGGUAUGUUUGCUGUGGCGUGUGAUAUUUUAAUAAAGAGGCAGAGCUUAGAGCACAUAUUACUCAAUACCCUCUUAAUCAAAGAUUCUGGGCACAGACCACUUACCUAUCCUAGUAGUCAACCCAGGAGAGACUUCACCAAUAGUUAAUAAUGCAAGCUGUCACUCUUGGUGAGGCAGUAUUAAAUAUAUAUAUUUACAAAGGAAAAAGGCAACAUUUGCCUUGAUUGUAUGAGGAUCUGAAUUGAAGUGUGCAGGUAUUUUACUGGUGAGACCAUAAAUAUUUGAUCUCUCAGGUUGCAGAAUCAUCAGCGCAGAGAUAGACUAAGUGUUGGUA